UCCAUUGGUGUUUCCAGACGGAGGUUUUUGAGUGCCUGACCGAACAAUGCUAACACUUUUAGGAUUUUGUGUUAUUGAUUUCCUGUGGUUAUCCUUGGCUUUAUGCUUUCUCUUAGCUUUUUGUGUCCACAGACUUUCACGUUACCUGCCGACUGGAUGUGAGCAUUCAAAACUGUAUAUAUUAUUCCAGGAUCUAAUCCGAUACGGUAAAACCAAGGGACCACUGAAACGAGACCACUGGCUGCGUGUUUUUGAUAUCCCAAAAAGAUGGUUCUGGCACUUCUAUGCAAUAUCUGUUGGCUGGAAUGGUUUGCUUAUUGUCCUGUCACUUCACAUGAUUAUAUGGGGCCAGAAAUUCCCAUCAUGGUUGACUGACAUAUUGGGAUUCCUGACUACUGGUGGACCAGUGGCAGUCAGGCAAGUUCCACAGGUGUCAGCUGUGCUGGUGCAGGUGCUGUUAUGGGUUCAUUCUCUUAGACGACUACUGGAGUGCCACUUGGUCAGCGUGUUCUCAGAUGGGGUCAUUCACAUUGUUCAGUAUAUAUUUGGGUUGGGCUACUACAUUUUACUGGGGCUGACAGUGCUGUGCUCGGAUCCUUUGAUAAUUGAAGAAGGGAGCCCUGCUUUCCCAUUGCUCUCCCAGCUGAGGUGGUACCAUGUGGCUGGAGCUGUACUCUUCUCCUGGGCCUCUCUGCUGCAGCACCGCUCCCUGGUCCUGCUGGCCAGACUGCGCACUGGAGGAUCAGGGACAGUGGAGACUCUAGCCCACAGGGUUCCCAAUGGAGGCUGGUUUGAGCUGGUCUCCUGUCCUCAUUACUUAGCUGAGCUGCUGAUCUAUGUGUCUCUGGGGAUUGUGUCUGGAAGUCACGCUCUCACCUGGUGGCUCGUUGUCCUCUAUGUGCUCUUCAACCAGGCGCUGGCCGCCCAGCUCUGUCAUGAGUUUUACACAAGCAAAUUUCAGUCUUACCCACAGCAUCGCAAAGCAUUCCUCCCUUAUUUAUUGUAACUGAUGCCUGAUAUGAAUAAUGUCAUUUAUUUUGUACAACUUAAUUUUCCAGAAAAAUAAAUCUAAAGACUUUGUUUGUUGAAAUGAUUGCAUUGAAUAUCUAUCUUUUAAUAGAAUAGAUUAAAAAAAUUAACAGGACAAGAUUGAUAAGGACACUGUUAACAGCAGAAAUCGUUUGUGUACAUUGGCAAGGACUGAUAAGGGAGUGCCUUGGCUUCCGUACUUAAGGUGACUUAAUUAAGGUGCAGGGUUUACGCCAGGCCCUAGCCCAGUUUAUGCUGUGACUGACAGCAGCAGCUCCACUAGAUAAUGAAUGGCAUUGGUGUCCAUUUCGGUGUCCAUAUCCUGAGAUUGGCCCCAAUUUAAAAUCGCAGUAAUGACAUCAAUAUUUAGAAAAGUCUUCCAACAUUUUUUAAAUGAUCACAGUAUUUGAAUUGCUUUUAUUUGAUCACUUGUAUUACUCUACAUUAAAGUGUAGCUACUAUAUAGUAUAGUUUCAUAGAGCCUCUUGCUCUCGCUGCAUUUGCUUCCCUCCCACUAUUGGUUGGCAUUUGCAAGUCUCUCUACCUUGACAUUUUCCAUGACAUCUACAAAUUGACAGUUGAAGUAGCCAAUGACAGUACUGCACAGUAGUUACGUUAGCAGAUUACAUACGCGUCCUCCUUUUAGCGAUCCAAUCACAUUAGUGGUUUACUGUCUUUCAGGUAGCAUGUUCACAAUUUAAAAAUCCCGUAAGAGUUCUAUCCUCCAAAACAGAAAUUGUUAUAUCCUAAAUGGUUCAAUCGGCAAGAUUUUCUACCAACACCAACUAGCUAUGUAGUUUACGUCUAGCUAAUUAUAUCGAGUGAUUUACGCAGUCAGGGGCAGUGAUUUUGAUCAUUUAAUCCAUACGCUUAUGUAAACUGCCUUUAUUUAUCAGCAUUUUAACACAAUCUGCUUGCUUCCCUUUGUUAAAAUGUAUCUACUGGCCGGCGGAAGGAAUGGAAGGGCUAACAGAAGUGUGAUGCGUGUCCUGCUGCCCCUGGUUGUCGCGGUGUUGUCAGCCGGAGUUUCUGGGAUGCAGGAGGAACACAAACCAGUCCAAGAACAACCGCAACAAGAG